AUGUUUAGCAUUGUUAACUCUUUAAUUAGAGCAGAUGUUGUAUCGAAGGCAUUCAAUGUCGCGUCUUAUAAAUUCCUGCAUACAAGCACUUCGUCAUUAGGAAAAGCCAGGACGUAUGAGAGCAAACCCGUUCCUGGCUCAAUUGAUGCAACUGAUCCGCUUGCAUGGGCCCAACGCCUUUUCGAGUUGCAUGAAAUUCGCAAAGAUUACACUUAUUUUCCUGACAGCUCUCCAAUUUUUAUGGUUUGCAGACUGAAGCCCAUUAAGGGAACCACAUUCUUUGAGAGAGCCUUUCUCGAGACGUACGGCAUUGGUUCAGAUGUAAAAAUUGGCAAUUGGAAGCUGGUUAAAAAUUCCCCGCAAAACGCAAAAAAUUUGGACCACAUUAAACAUUUGAUCAGAAUUCAACCUGUCACUUUCCCCGAUGGUUUACCAGAGUCUGAAGCAGAUAUGGUCAAUUUCCGACUCCUUCCAAAUGGAAAAUUUAUACGUCGUGGCAACUCACCCUUCCGUUCGGACAAACCGGUCAAUAUUUCGGAAUGGAAGAUUGUUGAAGGACCUAAAGUUGGCGAGAACAAUUUGCCAGUUGCUCUGAAAUGCAGCGAAAAUUACAGAUAUUUAACCAGAAGCUAUUUGAGAAGCUGGCACAAUCAGCGCUGGCAGCACCAUCAGCUUUUCUCUGAAUUUUUCACUGCCAAAUACAAGUAUCGUCUCAACCAAGAUGGCCUUGAGUACAGGUACAAUAACCUAUGGCGACUGGAUGAUGCUAUGCGGCAGUCCUUGAAUCAUCGUCGAAAUACGGAUGGAACCUAUAGAAGUAACAACAAUUCUCGAUUUGAGGCUGAUUGGGGCACCUAUCCUUGGUCCUUCUAUUAG